AUGGCCGAACACAGGGACGAGCUCAUCAGAGACCUCACCAUGGUUGUCUCAGCGACGGUCUCCGACCAGAUCCAGGACUUCGCGGCUCAGCUUACUGAGCAUUCUCGUGCUGCUGGGAAGCUUGCAGAGGGACUACAGCAACUUCCAGCGAUGGCCAAGCAAGCAUCCGAGCAAUUUUGUUCCGAGAAGCUGGGUGCCUUCUACCGCAAGUUCCAGGAACAGCUGGGCGGCCACUCCGUGCGUCUCCGCGCAGUGGAGAACAGGCUGGGUGGACACGACUCUGAACUACAGACUCUUCGAGAACAAAUUCAAGAACUCCGCGCCGCCCUCGCGAUCGCCAACGUCCAGCCCAAACCUCCUCUUGCCAGCGCCGCAGGCUUCGACAGGGAUACCGACGCAACGAUCAUUCGCAUCAUGGCGUCCAAGUUGGUGGACUUGUCUGCUGCGCAGCAAACCAUGUCGGACUGGAUCGUCAGCUGCGGAAUUAAGGCCGAGUUCUGCACGAUCUCAUCCAGCGAGCAGGUCGCCAAGCAGUUCACGAUCCAAUUCUCUGGGGCGGUCGGGCCUGCAGCACGCCGUGUCUCUCAGGACCUCGGUGCUCGACGGCUCGCUCCUGGCCAAUGGAAGCGAUUCGGAGUCAUGGCCAUGGGCAAGCAGAUGGCGACCCUCCACAUCGGCGCGGACAAGAACCCCGUCAAAGCAAGCUGGAGAUCCAGGGCCGCAGGAUCAGGAUCGAUCAGGGCCCCCGCGUCCGUGGGCCAAUCGCGCGUGAGUUCGGCGUUGCACGUGAACGGGUUGCCCCCGUUGUCGAUCGCGCCCCUGAACUUCGCAACCAAGAACCCGUCGACGCUUUUCUCGAACGAUGUCGCCUCGAUCGUGGUGCCCGACGUCAUCACCGCGAUCGCCGUCAACUGGGUGUGCGAGCCGCCGCACGCCGCGGUCCAGUGGGACCCGAGCGCGGCCGAGCUGGCCGCGCUGCGCUUGGAGGCCCAGGGCGUGGACGCGGCCCUGCAGACCUUCGUGCUGGCGCCGGGGGUGAUCUUCGACGCGGGCUCGCAGGCACACUCGGGCCUGACCGAGCUGCGGGACCAGCGCGAGGUGCAGACGUUGGCGCUCGUCAUGGACCUGAUCAACGCGCAGGAGCUGCAGAGGUUCAAGGCGCGGCCGAAACCGGAGACGCCGCGCCCGGCCAGGGCGGCCGCGGAGAGCGCGGAGGCCGCCGAGAAGCAGCAGCAGUCGCGCAAGUUCCCGCGCACCGAAGGCUGCGGACGGGCGGUGCUGGGGGCGCUGCUCCUGACGGGCGUGCUGGGGGCGCUGCUCAAGCUGGCGAGCGCGCUGGGGGUGCUGCUCAUGCUGACGAGCGCCGGGGUGCUGCCCAAGCUGGCGAGCGCGGGGGUGCUGCCCAAGCUGAUGCUGAUCCGCGCGGGGGUGCUCCUGCUGCGCCUGUCGACCGUGCUGGCGCCCGAAGUGCGCGACGGCCCGCCGACCGAGCCGAGCCAGCAGAAGCCCGUGCAGUCGAUCUCGGAGGCCGAGACGGCCGCCCUCUCGGCCGCCCGCCUCCCGUCGCGCGCGCGCGGGAUGUGCUUCCCGCCCUUCUGCCAGCCGGCGAAGCACUUCCUCGGCUGCCUCGGUCUGAGGCAGGGGGCCGCUGUGGUGCUCAUCCUGGAUGCUCUCUACGGGCUCUCGCUGGUGGUCCUGCACGGGAUGCUGCUGGGACAGGUGCAGGAGCCCGUGGGGCCCGCGCACGCGCCAGCGGACGUAGACGUGCGCCGGCUGGGCAUCGGUGUCCAAGCGUGGGCGGACCAGGGCGGCCUGGGCCUGCUUCACUUGCCCGCCGGGACGCCGGCCACCGCCGCCGACAUCCCGGACCGGCGGCUGACCGGCGAGGUUGGACGCCCUGACUAUGAGCAGGGCGGGCUUCCUGGCGGAGGAGAAGUUGGCGACGCUGGUGGCGGCCGAGGCGAAGAUGGUGCUGGGGGCGGAAGGGCCACUCAAACGACGUCGUGGAUGCUGCAGCUGGACUUCGGGUGGGGCCACAGGCUGCUGGACUUCAGCGACCACCUGAACCUGAUGGGCGGGCUGCUCUACGGCGUCGCCGUGAUGGCAGCAUGCGGCCUGAUGCUGUACUCAGUCUUUGGGGAUCGACCCCCAGGAUGUCAGACAGAUAGAGGAUCUCUCGAAGUGUUGGAUGUCCGUCUCAGCGAGAAGUACACUGAGCGUGUGUGGGCGUAG